AUGGCCGAGGCAUUCGCUAUUAUCGGGCUGGUAUCCAACAUCUUAUCGUUUAUCGACUUCGGCAUCAAACUCGCUUCUGAGACUCGAAAUGUGCGCGACUCCCUUCACGGUACAACUGCAGAAGUGCGAGAGCUGGAGAUCAUCGUGGAAGACGUCGAAAGAUAUCACGAGAAAGUACAGAAGUUGCAAUCUCUUGGUCAAGAGCUUUCUGCACACGAAAAGAGCAUCAUGGGAAUGGUAAAAUACUGCCGUAAUAUAGCCGAAGAUUUGCACAAGAUCAUCGAACGGCUACAUGUGCGCCAAGGUCGCUCGAAGACCCUCGAAAGUAGUCGCGUCCUUUUCCAAGGUUUCCGGAAACAACGCGACAUCGAUGCGCUCCGAGCAAGGCUUGAUGCGCUAGAUAAGCGUAUUCGGGUGAAUGUUGAACACAUUAUCCGGAGUGAUCAUCACUCUUCGCUAUCAGCCAAACUAGACGCCUUGAAGACGGCUCAAGAUGCCUUAGCAAUUAGCUACGACGCCAAGCUGGAUCAAAUUCGAGAUGAAAUACUCACGCUCGUAGCACAAACUCGCACGAGCGAAGGCGCCACGCAGGUCGCGCAAUUGACGGGCCUGAAGACGAAGUUUGAUGCACUUGGCGAAGAGCACACGGCAUGCACCAAGCAAACCGCUACUAUACGAAGUCUCUACUUCUCAGUCCUGCGCAGGCGGUGGAGUCAAAUCCCGAAAGCUGAUAAAGCGUCAAACACAUGGAUCUUUGACACAGCAUUGACUCCCUUCACAGUCUGGUUAGAGAGUACCGACGAACAUGAUGGACUUUUCUGCAUUACAGGCCGGGCAGGCAGCGGCAAAUCAACUCUGAUGAAGUUUGUGACUGAAAAUCCUCGCACUUUCGAAUACCUUGAAGGUUGGGCAGGCACGACCAAACUCUGCACGGCGAGCUACUACUUCUGGAAUCAAGGCUACGAAAUGCAAAAGAGCCAAGUAGGACUUUUACAAUCGUUGCUGUACCAGAUAUUCAAAUCAGUGCCCAGACUCAUCGAGAUAGUGUGCCCAAACCGUCUAGAGCACGAAGAGUGGGACGUGGAAGAACUGAAAGCUACUUUUGCGCGCAUCGCUACCCAGAAAGAUUUGGAAGUCAAGUUCUGCUUCUUCAUCGACGGUUUAGACGAGUACAACGGGGCUGAGGAAGACGUUGUCAGCGCUCUUGAAUUCCUGUCUAUAUCGAAAGACAUCAAGAUCUGUGCCUCGACACGGCCUCGCUCGGUGUUCGAAAGGUUUUUCAACAACACAUCUCGCACGUUCGACAUUAAGAGCUUUACCAAAGAAGACAUGGGACGCCAUGUUCAGCGUCUCCUCGGGGAGAAUGAGAACUUCCAACGCCUGGCGAAUGCCGAUACCACGUGCGUAUCAAUAAUGAAGGUGAUUGCAAACCUUGCGCAUGGCGUAUGGUUAUGGGUCUUCCUCAUCACUCGUGACCUUGUACACGCUGUCGAUCGAUAUGAAGGUGUGGACACGCUGUGGAAUAUCGUCAAUCUCUUCCCGGCAGAUCUAGAAGCGUACUUUGAGCGCAUGGUCAAGGCUGUUAAGCCUCAGUAUCUUGAAGAGAUGUCACAAAUCUUCUUGAUCACGGUCGAUGAGCUGCAACCGCUACCGUUAUACGCUUUCUCUCUGCUGGAAUACCAACGCAAGAACCCCGCCUAUGCCACCAGCCUCCCCAUACGGCCCAUUCGCGAAGAAGAUUUGAAAAGCGAGUAUCCCAAGUGGAAGUCGCUCAUUCGAAACAGAUGUAGCGAUCUUCUCGUUGUUAAUGAUGAAGAACAUCCCUGCUUCCCGGGUCCUACGGUCGACUUCCUCCACCGGACCGUUGCCGAAUUCUUGCAGGACAACUACUACCACCAACUACGGGCCAAUCUGAAAACCGAGUUUAGCUCCAAGUCUACGUUGUGCAAAAUAUGCCUUGUCAUGCUUAAAUCACUACCGGAUAUUAACUACGAUAUUCCAGAGUCAAUUAACGAAGUUAUGGGCUUAACGGACGAGCUGCUGUAUUACGCCUACGAAACCGAGAGAACCGACCCAAGCCCUACCUCUUCCCUAGUAGAGGUUCUCGAUGAGGUGGAUCGCGUCAAUACUCACCACGCACGUGGUACAAGAAACCACUGGAUGCAUGACCGUGAUGCAGUCGUUGAUCGCGGGUAUCAUGUGUAUCGUGAAGGAGACAACUACAACUUUCUUGCGCCGGCUGUACAAGCCCACCUCGUCAAAUGCAGUUUCGAUUCGGCACAAGCUCCGGAUGAGAGGGAAAAGUUCAUGCUUCAACAAUAUGGCAAAGCAAUCCAGUCGCUACAGCCGCUGUUGCGAUGUGGAGACAAAGCCUCGGUCACUGUCAUAUUGGUCACCUGUCAACUGUUCACCUUGCUUGAAUACCUCCGCGGGCAAUACCAAUUGGCGGAAUCACACUUACGGAACGGUCUAAAGGUCCUGAUGAACAUGACCACAAAGAAAGAUCGCUCGCACGAUGGCGUCCUUGUAAUCAAGCCGGCAUCAUAUGAAAAGAGCAUCGACCAAGGCAUCGUGCGCAGCUUCGCCACCCUACAUAUGCAAAAUAAUCUGUUCGGUUCCGGUCUGGAAGAUCUCGAUAUAUUUCUUCAGCCGAUAGAAAACAACAUACCAUACCCUACUUUUACAACUAUCGAGGAGGCGAAGGACGCUCUUGAUGUGCUAUUGCACGGCAUUGUUCUCAUAGCACAACAAUAUCGAAAGAUGGGGCCAGGCACUGAAGACGAGAUUGCUGCGGUUACAGCAGGACAAGAAGAUAUCAUGACCUCUCUUGCGAUGUGGUACGAUGCGUAUCUGAGUACACUUCCCUCGGUCGACAGACUAGCCCUAGCUGCCGGGAGGAAGCCAGAUGAACUGUGGGCGUUCGGCGGGAAGACACCGCCAGCAAAGCUUCCGACGGGCCGCGAGCCAUCAGUCCUCAAAUUGCUACUCAUGUAUCAUGCCAUGGCGGGCAUAAUGUGCGGCUGUCUGCAAGUACAGUCUGAGCAGCACUACGAAGCGUAUACGCAAACGUUUCUCACGAUACUUGUGCAUGCCAUACACAUCUUCGAGGAGUACACCUUGGCAAAAUCUAUACCCGAUAACGUCAACCUCCACGAUUCGAUUGGCGAAUGUGGAAGCAACGACAAGAGCAGACCUCACUAA